AUGGACGGCGCCGAUCACCGCCAGAUGAGGGAUCUCGUUAACACGAACGAGGAUCAGGUCCGCAUAGUUUUCAGCGACGAGUUCCAAUGCGUAGUGAACGCCGACUUCCUCAGCCGCCGCAGCUUCACCAUUGGCAACUUGCUGGCGGGCGCACCAAGACCACCACUCACCGCCGCAGCCAAGGAGUCAAAUGCGCCACUCUACCAGCUGAAUCUCACCAAGAAUCAACUUCAAGGCGCAUACCAUCCAUACACCUUUCGUGUCGUGCCUCUCGACUCGCACGGUGACCCGUUGGAGACGGCCACUGAGCAACGCCUCUUCAGGAUGUUCGGAGACGACUCUCGCCCCCACGCUCAAGGGGAUCGCGAUGAUAAUAUACACCCGGAUAUUAGCAGUGUAAGGCUUCUUGCCGUCUCACCAAGAUUGAGUUCAUGCUAAUUGCCGCAGGCGUUCGAAGCCGUGUUCGACGCUAUCUAUAAGGGAUGCAUCGACCAGGGACGCAUCGACCUCGGAUACAUCGACGACGAACCACUCCACCGCAUUCUCGAUGCCGCUCUCGACAUUAUGAAGGCCGCCGAGUACCUGAAGUGCGUUGGGAUCGUCGCCCAACCAAUGGAGGCCAUCCUGCUUGCACAGGGCCAACUUCUCUACUACUCUAUCAGCCAUAUGCCUAUCUCCUGGCUGCAGUUGAGCUAUCGGAUUCGCUCGAAGCCGAUCUUCAAGGAGGCCCUUAUCCAUGCGACUGGCCAGUGGAACAGCCAUGGAGUGCAGCAAGGAAUCCGCGAGGGAUUGCUGCCGGACCGCGUUGUUGACAUACUCGAAGCCAAAGCUGGGUUUAUCGCGGACGGUGUCCUUCAGGUCGAGCGUCGCCUCGGGUCCUAUUAUCCGGACGUGAUCACGCGCCAGCAGCCGAGCGGACGUGUGAGCAACGACAGGUGUGGCCGCGGUGAUUAUGCUAACGACAUAUACAUGUGGAUGGCCCUCAAUGUCUUCAACAAAUGGUGCAUUGACCUCAUGACAUCCGAUCACACUCGCCACAGCGCGGACAUGGGAUUUGCCUUCAUCCGAGCAGUCAGCGAGGGCGGCAAUGCCUACCUAGACCGCACGACCAUGCUUGAGCACUUCCACGGGCGCUUCCCUAUGAGUGGCAAGGGAAUGGCAGGCGUUGAGCACAGACUCCUCGAGAUCAAGGAGUUCGUCAAGGAAUGGGCGCGUGUAAGUGGCUACCAUCAUAACACUGAUUUCUACUCAAGCACUAACCUUGACUAUAGCCGCUCAUGCGUACGAAGACUCAGCUCAAUCUUGACGAGUACCCGGUUGAGUACUUCACUCACGUCAGCGUCGUCAACACCGACUUCCCCUGGCUCAACCACGAUAACCAUGACGACGACGAGGAGUUCAAUGGCCUGCACGUCAAUGAGGAAGUGGUCGAUGCCAAGACUCGCUAUCCUGUCUACUACGGGCCUCGUGGAGAGCGUGAUGAUGAUAUCUACGUGUAUGAGGAGGUCGACGGCAAGGACGGCAAGUACACCCUGCGCAGUGAGCGUCCUCAGCGCGGAAGCCCUGUGUACCAGUCCCAUCGUGGCAACGACAACUACUGCAAUUACCAAGGCACGCAGAUGAAGUCGGAGGACGACGAGAUGUACGAGUGA